CGGAAGCUUUGGGCGGCUUUCACAGUUCCUUUUAAUUCCCUGAACCAAAACCAAGCGACGGGAGGGAGUCUUGCCUUGGUGGGCGCCCAGGGCUUUCGGCCGGAGACCUGUCUUCUUCCUUGCAGCUUCUGCCUCCUCCAGGUUAAGAUGUUGAAGUAUCUGAUGUUAUGAAAUGUAUGGCAAUCCGUUACUAGGCUGUGGUGACCUGAAACAGGAGGACUAGAGGAUGAAGAAUGGGUGCACUGCCUUUAUUCUUUACAACAUGUCAGAGCCUGGAAGGAAUUUGUUGAACCAAGUGUAGUUACUGAUAAAGAUUUAGAAGUGUUGGAAAUGGAAGCAGAUUGUUCUCAAAAUGGAACUCAUCGGGCUACAAAAGAUUCCUUUGGAGAGGUGCCAUCUCAUCACCCAGUUGAAGAAAACAUGGGAUCCUUGUGUUCUUUAAGUCUGAACUGGGUAAACAGCACAAAUGGCUCCUUCACCGAGCAACUUACAUCCUCACAAACUUCUGUGAAUAGCAACACAGCAAUAGACUUUGAGGACAUGCCAUUCAAUUAUCUGGCCAAUAAUACUUCCUCUCCUGAUGUAUUACCACCCAGCCAAGCUGAAACCAGGAAAAAUAAUGAACCUUGGGGAAUCCCAAGUUGUUGUUCUUCUGCCGCUGCUUCUCCCCCUUUAAUAAUUCAAGAAGCCAUAAUCUCUCAAAACUGUAAACAGAAUCUAGGGAAUCAGGAACAGCUUAUGAUGUACCAAGUGGAGCACUUGCAAGAACUAGUAGCUGAACAGCAGAAAAUCAUUACUUUUUAUAAUUCAGGACUCUCAGCAUCUUUGUUUCCUGGCCAACUCCCUUUGGAGAAUUAUUUCCAAAUUCAGAAUAAAGGAGAUUCUCAAAUCAAGCCAACAUUGGAGCAGUAUACCAAAAGGAACCCUGCAAAUGGCAACCCUUUAAAACUUUUAAAGGCACACUUUCAACCUCAAGAAACAGAAUCUUGGCUUGAAAUGCCACCUAUUACAGAAGAAAAAGCAGAACAAGGAAUUGAUGAAACUGCUUCUCUAUCUUCAUUUGGACUGAGAAUGAAUACAAGGACUUUCAGUGACAGGGUGAUACAUCCUGUAACUGGAGUGAGUCAAAACACAUUAAAAGAGUCUGGUAGAGAGCAACUUAAAGCCAGUCUACAAGGAACAGAGCAGCAGGAACAGAUCCCCUGUGAGAACAAAGUGACAGCUCAAAAAUCAUUUCUGAAACAUGGAGAAGGUGUGGCAAAGCUUGAACAAAACAGAAAAGACCUUGAUAGAGAACCAGCCAAACCCCUGAGAAGAGUCAGCUUUGAUUGCCAGAAUAACAUUUCUUGGCCUUCUCAGAUUGAAAAGCUAUCUGGAAAAUGUUCACCAUUGAAAAGGCAAAUUAGCAGCCCAACAGUUCUUUUCCUUGGUGACAAAAAUACAAAUUGUAUCAUUUCCAAGGAUGAUCUAAAAACUAAUCUUAAUAAUUAUGAACAUAGAUCAGAUGAAAGAAAAGACAGCAGUGACAUUAGGAGUCAUGAUAGUGAAGGGAGAAAAGAUGGGAAAGAAUCUUGCAUACCUUCUCAGAUAAACUGGUCUGAAUGUUCAUACCUGUGUAAUGAACAGAUAUGUGAAAUUAAGCCACAGGUGAUUGAAAAAGCAGAAGUCACAUGCCUUGUUUGUGAACCUUAUCAUAAUAUACUUGAGAACAGACCCAUAGAUCAUAAAGUUCCAUUGUGGCUUAUGAAGAACACAGAGAGCAAUAUCUUACAGCAGGUAGAUGAAGGGCCCGUGGAUGCCUCACCAAAUAUCUUGGACCUUCAUGAUGGAGAAAACAACCAAGUCAUUCAAGGGGAUCAGAUCUCUGGACUACAAGUUAUUGAAGGUCUUGGUAGAACCAGGCAAUGUAAAAAUGAACAUUGUGUUGCUGUGGAGAAAAGCCCAGAGAUUCAAGAAGGGUUUAAGAAAGUCAAUGAUCAAAUAGUAAAAGUUACACCUAAACUAGAGAGAAAACAGAUAACCAUAGCUGCUGACUCACAGAGGAAGCAUCGCAAUAGUACAGGCACUGCUGAUACAUGGGAAGGAAAACACCUCUCUGGUGAAUCAGUGUACACAUCUACUGAAAGUGAAGAUGAACAUCAAUCCCAUUACUCCGAGUAUCUUAUAAAGCAUAGUCCCCUUAAAACAUCCAAAACAAGCAAAAGUGUAGAUCUUUCUGAUGCCGACUAUGCCACAGACGAGCCUAGUGGAACAGAAGAUUAUUCCUGGAAAGGUUUGCUGGCCAAGAGGGCUGGUGGACAACAACCAACAGGACAACAGAAAGUCUCCACAAUUGCAAGCAGCGGCAGCAGCAGUAGUGAAUCAAGUGUCAGCAAUAAGACUUUCUUCCACCUAAGAAAAUCUUCUUCAUAUUCUCUGAAAGCUGCAAGAGAUGGAAAAGACCUUGAAAAGAGGAGCAGUUAUGGCCCAGAAUUCAACCUUCAGCCUUCUCCUUUGUCUAGUGAUCUUGCAGCUAGCCUGUUCCCUUGGUUCAGGAGGAAAGCAAAUCUAGAUGAUAAGAGAACUAAACUAGAGGAAGCUCAAAAAAGGAGCUUGAGCAAAUUAGAAGAAUGUGAGAAGGCUGUUCCAGUGUAUCACAGAGAAACCUCUCUGUUAGCUCAAAUGAAAGAAGAGCAAGCCAAAGCAAUGGAUUUUCUCAGAAAACAAAUAAGUCAGCUUGAUGCCCUUGGAUCUCAGAAAUCACAUCCCUCACAAGUGUUCAAGAGGGACCAAGCUCUGAAACUCCAGAAAGAAGAAGCAGAAACAGAAGCUGGCAAGCACACCAUUCUAAGGGAAGAGGAGGGAGAAGUUGGUGAAAUCCAAAUGUUAAAGCAGCAAGUAGAAGAGCUGCAGGAGGAGUUUAGAAGAAAUGAAACUCAGUGGCACACUGCCCAUGAGGAGUUAAGAAGUCAAGUUGAAGCACUUACCAAACAGAACUUGGAACUUCAAGAUGAACUCAAAAUCUCUGAACAUCAGAAAAUGGAAGUGGAAAGAAAAUACAGAACUAUGGAUUUUCCUCAUAGAAAAGCAGACACUCUGGUCUCAGCAGCUAUUUUGAGAGAGGCAUCAUCACAGGAGAAUCUCGAUGAAGUACCACUUCAGAGCAGCCACAAACAUCUCAGCAAUGAGCAUGGAGGAAGGAAAACAGCUCUGGAUGGGUUUGCUUCUGGAGAUAAAAGGACACAGUCAAAAAGAAGUCCGCUACAGAGGUCAGAGUCACUGAAAUCUGUAACAGGAGACCAAAGACUGAAGAGUCCACCAAAGGUCCUUCGUAGCAGAAGCGCAAUGCCCACAGGUUGGAGGACACCCCAUCAGAUGCCCUCUGAAGUUCACAGAGCUUUUUUUCAGCAGGCUCAUAAUCAGCAACCAAGUUAUGGAAAAAAUUCCUUGUUGUCUACAUCUAACCUAAAUGCAGUUCAGGAUGAAAGUCAAUCUUUAUAUGUAAAAGGUACACACAGCACCACUUCUGGUAGUUCAGAAGAUACAAUCUUUUUCAACAGAGAAAGCAAUGAUCUUUCAAGUUCUGCAAACCUGAGUAAUUUGGAAAUAACGAUUAAAGACAAUCUCCAUUGUAAAAGACCUCAGAUGUCUAAGAAGCCCUCUGAACAGGUGACUUCCAUGAUGGACUCCAAAAGAAACAGUACGGUCUUAAAUGGCAGGAAAACACCAGCAGAAAAUAGUCCUGCUUUUGUGAAUACUGGAGGAAAGGCUUCCCCUCUAAAAUCAAUACUGUCUAGAAAGUCAUCAUUACAUCAUGAAAGCCAGGAGGAUGUGGAAGUGAAAGAAAAAAUAGAGUAUCCAGAUGGAAAGGUGAAACAGGUGUUCAUGGAUGGACGAAGAAUUACUAUUUACCCCAAUGGCACAAAAAUGGAGAUUGGUAGUGAUAAAAGAACAACUGUUGUUACUUUCUACAACGGUGAUAUUAAGAAGAUUUUGCCAGAUCAGAGAGUGGUUUAUUAUUAUGCAAAUGCACAAACAACCAGAACCAUUUUCCCAAGUGGCUUGGAGGUAUUGCAGUUUCCUAAUAAACAGAUUGAAAAGUAUCACCCUGAUGGCACUGAAGAAAUUGUAUUUCCAGACCAGACAGUGAAACGGUGCUAUGAUGGGGGUCUUGAGGAAACUGUUUUUCCAGAUGGUACAGUUGUCAAGGUAGAGAAAAAUGGAAUUAAAACCAUCCAGUUCUGUAAUGGGCAAAAGGAGAUUCACACAGCUGUGUCCACAAGAAGAGAAUACCCUGAUGGCACUGUAAAGACUUUCUAUGCUAACGACCAGCAAGAAUCCAAGCGUCCUUCUGGGCAUGUUCAAAUCAAAGACAAAAAGGGGACCGUCCUCCUUGAUAAGAAAUGAGUCAUCCCUCUGGGAGUUGUUUCUUAUGUUUAUAAUUUAUUUCUGUGUUGUCUUUGGGACAAAAUCAUUCAAAAUGCCUAAAAUGUUAACAUAUGCAUACAAACAUAUUUUACUUUAUUAUUUUAAACUGAGAUCUUAUCAAUAAUCUAUCUCUGAAAUCUGGUAACAGUAAGCUCAGUUGCCAUAAUAGCUUGAUAAGUUACAAUCAUCUGUUGAAAUAAAGCAAAAAGGCCCUCCCCAGCAGGUUCUACUGAAUUCUCAUGAGCGAUUGAAUUUUUACUUGACAUUAUAUCUAGAAACAAACCAGAAAUCAUUAUACCCUAAAAGAUUAAGAAUAAUGUAAAAGUAGCUCACAACAGAAUCUAUUAACGUUGUAUUGUUAUUUUUAAAUUGCAGAGCAUCAUAUGUGGGUCAUUUCCCUCUCUCUGUUUUCAUUCAUUGGCCCCACAUUAAUUGAAUAGGAAAUAACAAUAUUGAAAAAAGAAAUUCAUGAUUUUCAGUUUGUUGGGUUUUAGCAAAAAUUAUAUGAAUGGGCUGACAAAGGUUUACUUACUCCAAGAUUAUGGUAGGAUUUGAAAAGUGUACACACCCAUACAGAGUACAGCCUGAAAAUUUUCUGUUGUUCUUGACUUUCUUAAAUGCCAUCCUCUCUUUUAUUUGCCUUCUCUUCAGUUUCUUGAUUAGCUAACAGUACAUUGGGAGAGAUCAAUGCAAUAGAGGAAUAUGUCUUCUCAGCUGAUCAUGAUCUUAAGAAUUAAUGUCUAUCCAUAACUGAGAUGCUUCAGUGGAAUUGAAGUUAGAAAUGGCUAAAUGUGCAUUUUGACAUGUGUCUUUUAAAAAGUGCCAGUAAUUGACUAGAUUUUGUACAUAGAUGUAAUUGUUUGUUUCUCCUAUUCACUGAUUUAAGUGCACUGGUAUAAAUAAAUAUGACUUGUUAACAGUUGUUAA